GUUUACUUCUGCUUUUAAGAAUACGUAGAAGGAAAAUAUUUUUUUGCUGGAAGUACCGUUCGCGAUCUGCGCCAAGGUUUUCGGUACAGAAAAUCUGCCAAAAAAGAUAUACGUUUGGUGAAUACGACCACUUGGAACAGGAACUUCGAAAUGAGAACAUGCUUCUCUUAUUUCACAAUUGAUUUUUUUUAGUAAAGAAACUGUUUUCGUCAUCUAAAGUAAUGAUCAGUGCAAGUGCGUUGCGUAAGAACAGCACUGCAAAUGGUAGCACAUUCCCCUCCCACGCAUCGGCUUCUUUUGAUAAGAUGUUAUUAACUCAUGAGUUUGAAAUAAAACAGUUUUGUUUCCAAGCUCAUGAGAUAACGUGAGUUAACAUGAGGUAAUUUUCAUGAGAUAAUUUUUAAUUAGCGUUUCCACUAUGAGAUAAUUUUUAAACCAUGUCAGAUCACAAAACUAUCUCAAAUUAACCCACGUUAACUCAUAGUGGAAACCAAGCUUUGAAGAACGCAGAAACAGGAUGGGGCGUGGGGUGACACCCCGUUGGAAUAAAAUUCUAUUGCAAAAUACAAGGAGAUUUUUGCCAUGUUGGGGGUGCUUCGAUGGCUUAUUUUAUCGCCCUACCUGGGGUUUUGAACCCCCCCCAACACCUUUAGGAUCACCCCUGUGUCAAGGAGUCUUGAGCACAGGAUACUCCCCUGAUGACGAGGAUAGGCAUAGGCCAUCGAGAAUGUAGACUGGUUCCGGUGCAUCUAUUUGCUCUCAUUCCAUGUUUCUUUUACAUGCUGACGAGACCGCAGACGAGAGGUCAUGUGUUAGCCGACUUUGAUCACGAAUAAAACGCUGAUUCAUUGGUUUGCAGCAGCUUUUGAUUUGUCGAUUCGGCUUGGUCCGUGAUGUGCACUGCUGAACUUUGUAUUGCACGUCAUCUGUUAUUUGUACUGUUCUGUAUUUUUGCCACUCCUCUUUUUGCUUUGUUGUGAAUGGGAGUACUCACUAUUGUUAACGGAAAGCCACAAUGUCCGGGUGUUACUCCAGUUGUUUAAUGAAAUCUGUCGUCAUUUGUGUUUUAUGACCACCUACUCUAUUGUUUAGGCGCCCUUAUUCUACACACUCAGCAGAUCUGGUUCUGCCGGAGGUAAGCUAGAGUAAUUUACCGUUUGUAUGGUAGAGAAGAGUUAGGUGGCUGGAAAGUAUUUUGAAGUAUCCCUAAUUAAAAAUCUAAAACUAGCCUCAUUCCUCGGAAAGAAUGCGCAGUUAAUAUUCAGCAUUGAUAAUCUAAGCUUCUGUGUUUUAACCAGAGCUACACUGUACUUCUUAUUGUCGAACUUUCAAUAUAGCUUUGAGACCAGCCUGGCCUAGAUACAUACCUGGAUUAAGACCACGGACCUAUCGGUCCAAGGCUGUUUCACUUCUCCGCUUGAGCGUGGGGAUUUGAAAAGGAAAAAAGGAACUGAAUGCAAAGUGCUUUUGGAAUGUUACAGGCACAAUAAAUUCAUUCAGAAUUUUUUGCAAGUUGAGUGCUAGGGACUUCGGAGUUUUCAAUGACCGGAGAUGCAAGUGCUGCGUCUGUGCAGUUGCGUGUCCCAACAAAGUAUCAAAAAUAUUUGAAAAUUGCCCCUAUCUAAAGCAUGGACCGAGAUACCGGGGGGCCGGGGCCCCCUAAAAACUCAAGUAUUGCAAGCAAAAUACUCCUAUUUUGUAAAAUAUUGCUGUUUUUCACUUGUUUAUGAGGGCUGCCUCCCCCCCCAAACAAAAAGUUGUAUCUCGGUCUUUGAUCUAAAGCGCGAAGCGGAUCUUAACCCAUGCUUAACUGCUUUUUCACAUAACAACUGCAGGAUACCGACGACGGAGGGUGCCAUGUCCCACUUCUUUUCAAAGCAAAGUAGCUUUCUGCAAUAUAUUUGGUUAUGGGUCUCCCCCCCCUCUACUGUCCAAUUUGCAUCGCAGCCUAUGAAGGAUACCGUAUUAUGGCAGUCAACAGUCAUCAGACACGUUGAGAAGUAUGUUUGGAAAACCCGUCAUUUGGUGGCUGUUAAAACAAUGUUUACAAGACGCCUAUUAUUCUAAUGACGUCAUGCAAUACCCCCGUGAGGUUCAUCUGAUGCCCCGGCAUGAAUUAGGAUUUCCCAGGCUAGCGACAGAGGAAAGUAUUUUGUUGGCACAGUUGGAGAUCUCAAUUUGAAAACCUGUAAUUUGAAGCUUAUCGUCUGAAUUCUCUCAGCCUGUUCCAGAAAUUCGAGAUUCACUAACUGCCGGGCGUUGGCAACCAAAAUUCAUUGAAAAUAUUGUUCAUUAGAAAAUGCCCCUUGUUAUUCACAAAACAUAGUCUAUUCAAACUAAACGAGGAAAAUUUAAAUUCCUAAUGUGAUUGUGUCGUGUUUUAUUUCGUUUAGCUGUCGACUUAGAGUAAAGACUUGCAAUAUUUUGAUCCGGCCUAGAUUGGCGAUCAGCGAAGCGUGGGCGUGUUGUGUGACGUAAUCUUAUUGUGAUUGGUCAUGGGCAGGUGACGAAUGUCGUAUUGAAAACUUUGCGUCAGAGUUGUAGUAUGUUGUACUUGCAGGAUGAAAUUACCUCGGACUUGUUUGGUGCAGAUCGUCCCUUGAAUUUGAUUUUUCUCCAAACAAGACAACACCAUUACAGACUACAGUAAGCCAACAGCUAUCUUCGGCAAAGAGCAAUUUAACAUCGUUUUAUUCUCGUCUACAGCCAAUGUUGAGUGGUUGGAGUGAUUUUCUUACGACCAUCGCCGUGGCCUUUCCCUGCUUCUCUUUGGAAUUCUUGAAUAUUCGCUGAACGAAUCUUCUGUGAAAUCGUUAUUGUGGAGUUAUUCGUUAUUUCGCGACUGGAGUUUUAUGUCUAGGAACUUUAAAGUUGCAAAUAUGGAUGGAAGAAAUGAGCAAUAGCAGGAUGCAACGAGUUCACUGUUAUUUGUGCGAUUUGCCGCGGACGCCAUGGGCGAUUUUGCAUGAAUUUACCGAACCUAUCUGUCGAGGUUGCUGUAACUAUGAAGGGCCCGAUCGCAUAGAGGAGGUUAUUGAAUAUGCCAGGUAUCUUCGCAAAGGAUGGGACAAUCAAAUUCGUGCUAUAAAAUCCCAGUCAGUAACAUCGAAUGGGACGUCUGCAAUUUCAAGCCCUAGCCCAGGAAGUCAUUCGAGUAACAACGGCUCCGGAGUCGAGAAUGGCCCUCCGAACCUAAAUAAUAACGGAAUACCUCCUUCGAACAGUUAUCAUCACAUGCAUAUGCAUGCCAGAGGUUAUCCCGGCAAAGUUAAUGGAGGUGAAGAGGAGCAUAUUAUUUUAAAGCAUGAAAAUGGAACGCCGGUCCCCGGUGACCCUUAUUCUAAACGUUUUUUUCCUGGACAUCCAGGUGAUCAUCAAAUGUUUAUUCCAGGCGAAGUAGACGACCCAGAAAAAAGGCCACCGAAUUUUCCUGUCAGGCCAAAACAUGAUAUGCCAAUGCCUGUGCCAAGAAGGCAUCCCGAAGUUAGUGAACUGCCACCUCAUGUUGUAAAGAAUUUGGACAUAUUAAAUGGAUGCGUACCGUUUGAUGUACGAUUUAAAAAGGACCAUUCAUUGAUCGCUCGUGUCUUCUCUUUUGAAGUUGUUCAUAGAGCGGGAGGCGGCGGUUCAGAUUUUGAGGUGAAAAUGUACAUGGAAUAUCCGAGAAAUUCGGGUAUAAUAUAUCAAAGUGCGUCUGCGGUUACUAAAGUCAUGUACCAAGACUCUUCAAAGGAGGUAGGCAAAAAUCUGUCAUCAGGAUUCAAAUAUCUUGAGUACGAAGUUCAGGGCAAAGAGAAUGAUUGGAGAUUGUUAGGAGAUUUUCUACCGGAAUCAGUUCGAUUCUUGAAAGAGCCAGUCUCGUUAGAUGCCCUGCCAGUGCGUUUGAGUGAGCAAGCAUUCCCUUACUCAGCCAGUCUAAACAAUGCAUUCAAAGUGAGAAAAAGAAAAAUCGAGGAACCCGACCCAUUUCCGCCCCCACAACCAACUAGAGCACCAAGGCGCACUUAUAAAGAGCGCGAAGAUGAGCAAAUCCAGAGGCACCUAUGGAUGCAGUCUCAGGUUGACGCUUUGAGGCUUUCAAUGGCACAGUUAACCAACCCUUUGUCACAUCCUGGUGUCCAUGGCAUAUACAGGCCAGCAUUAGGGGGUCCUCCUGUUGAACAUGGGCGUCCACAAGCAUCAGUGCCUCCAGUGGCAGCAGUAUCAAGUGCUUCACCCACUCACAUCCAUCAACAUCCACAGCAUAAUGGACCUAUGCCACCAAGUCCCAGAGCUGCACCAUGGGGUCUCCCAUCUUCUAUGGCAGCCUUGAUUAGUGCUGCAGGUAGUGUGGAACCAACUAGUGCCAACUCUCAAGUUGUUCCUGGAAGUCAAUCUAAUAGUAGCAGUAAUAGUGCCAAUCCACAAACAUCAGAGGCUGCCCCUAAAAGUAAACCUGCUGAAAAAGAGCAAGAAGAGACUAGUACUCCCAUUGAAGGAAAAGCUGAGACUUCUGAAAGCACCAAUAGUCCACUUUCAGGGACACUUACAGCCAGCACAAAAGGAAGACAAGGUACCAAAAGUAACCAUCUUAAGUGCAGUAUUUGUGGUGAUCUUCUGGAGGACACCCAUUUUGUGCAAUGCCCCUCUGUUGGAAAUCACAAAUUUUGCUUUCCUUGCUCAAAAGAUAGUAUCAAAAAGCAGGGCUCAGGAAGUGAUGUUUUCUGUCCUAGUGGCAAACGCUGUCCUCUAGUUGGUAGUAAUUUGCCAUGGGCCUUUAUGCAAAGUGAAAUCCAGACAAUACUGGCAACUGAAACUAAAGUCAAAGAAGAAAACAGAGAGAAUGGUGAAACAUGACAAGUUGUUGGCAUCAACUGAAGCUUGUUUGCUUUUGGUAUGGUAUAUAUAUACAUAUUACUAGAUUCUUAAGUAGGCAGUAUAAACUUUCAUUUUUAUCAUUUACAGAAAAAGGUAACCAUGUGAAUAUUAAAUCUAAACUAGUUGAAAGUGCUCUUUGCCAGACAAAUUAGAAUAAAUAGACCUAGCUGUAUCUGAUAUAUGAAAGAUGUAAUGUAAAUAUUCCUUUGUUUCAAAAGGUCAAUUAAGUAAACAUUACAAUAGCAGGUUGCUGAGCCAAAAGACAGCGAAAAACAUUUUGUAGCAAAGAAAAAUAAUGAAACAUUUGAAAACAUUAUUACCAAUUAGAUGUAGCACUUUAAACUAUUUUGAUUUGUGAAAGAGAUAAUCUUUCCUUUUUUCAAAUCUCAAGGUGAUAUUGCAUAUAUUAAUGUUUGAAUAGUUUAAGUAUUUGAAAAGGCUUUUCAAAGCUACUGCUAUAGUUAAGUUCUUGGCACUUUUUGUUGACAAGGUGCAAAACAUUCUCAUUGCAAAUAGCUCUUAUUAAGAAUGUUUGAGGAAAGAAUUCACAAAAAUCAACCAUUAUAAUGAUUGCAUGUCAUUCCCAGUAAAGCCUGCUACUGUUUAGUACAUAACAUUAGUUGGAUGACAUCUCAAAGGCUACGGGAAUUAUGGGACAUUAGGCAGAAAUUUGUAAUUUUGACGCUCCAUGUCAGUCUCUGCAAAUUGUAUGGUUUUUGGUGUUUCUCAGCAGUAUAAAAAGACUUAAGUCCAGUAAUUUUAUGUGGAGUUGGGAAUAAGCCAUGACAGGGUGCAUGGAAGAAAACCAUUUUGUACCCUAAACCUAUCCCUUAAUUCUCAAACGUUUGCUUCAUUGACAAGACUAAAAAAAAUUAAAAUGUCAUUGUGACUUUCAACCAUAAUUUAUCUUUGUUUGUUAUUUUGUCAAGAACUACAAUUUGAUUAAACUUCUCAUUUAUUAAACCCCCUCCCAUAAUUAAAUUUUGACCUUGGAUAAAAUUCCUCCAUUUAUUCCCAGUCUCAGAGUUGUUAUGAUCUUUGUAAGAAGGUUGUGUUACUUACCACCAGAGCCAUUUGCAACAUAAGAAAAACUUUUUUGCAAGUGGAACAAAAAGUAAUUGAUUCAAAAGCUAUUUAUACCAUACUUACAGGGCUAGCAACUACCAUUGGAAAUCAAGCUUUUUGUAUUACAGUAAAAAAAAAAACUUGAAGGGCAAGGUCAAUAAACCUUUUCUGUUGCACUUAUUGAUGGCUUCAUUUUUCCAUUUCCUUGAUCAGAAUAUCUCAUUACCUAGUUGAAUCUGUUGAUUCUUAUUCAACCCUAGUACCCUAUUAUUUCCACAAUGGAAUGCAGUCACUUCAAAUUGCAAGUGAAUAUCUGGGCAAUUUUUACUAUUACCUUAGCUUGACAUCCUUUUUGUUUUGACAGCUAAAUGGCAUUGUGGUAGAAAGCAAUUUGCAUAGGCUAGGAAAGACUGUAGGCUGAAAGGAAUAAACUUUGCAAUCAACUAAGGAGUGUAGCCUUUGAGCCUUGUAAAUUUUUGGUGGGAUACAUUUUUGUUCCUUAGAUGAAAACUUAGGUGUCUUUCUAAUGAAAUUAUCAUUUAUAUCUGCCAAUGCUUCAUUGCAAAAUCUUUAAUAGCAACAGACCAUCUUAGUUUUUACAACAUUUAUUAUGCAUUUAUUUGCAAGAAUUUCCAACAGUUUAGGAACUUAAAGGUUAAGAAUUACUGAGUACCCAAGUCUAGAAAGUGUACAUAAAAUGGAAAUGAAUGGAAUCUGUUUCAUGUUGUUUUCUUUUGCGUUUCAUGUGUAUCAUUUUGUUAUAAGCAGGUUUUGUUUCGUAUAAACUAUUUGUACUUGUAGCUUCAAUGUCUGUCAGUGGUGCUUGGAAGUAACUUAGUCAAAAGUAUAUAUCAAAGAUUUUUGUUGAAAUCUUUUCUAAAAGGUGAUAGUAAUGUUAAGCAGCUUUGGUACAUUCAAUAUGCUGAGCCUUGAUUCUCGAUUCUGAGCUGUGAUCAGCUUUUAAACCAAGGUUGCUGUACUAGUUCAAUUAAUCUACAACUGUAUUAAUUUGUAGCACAUAGAGUAGGGGUAGCCUAUGCCGAAAGCUUUGGUGGUUGAUUUCUUUAGUGGCAACUUCUUUACAUCCUUGAUGAAUUGUUUUAAGACCCAAGAUAGGCCCAGAAAUAUUUCGUUCACAUUCAAAUCAUUCUCAGCCACUCUGUUUAUGGUGCUAGGUAGAAAGUAACAAUUUAUCAAACAAGGAACAUAGCAACCAUACAACCAACCAUUUUAGCACAUUUGGGUCUUGCAAGGCCAAAAUUUGGCAUUUAAGUCAUUGCUUUUUUCUUGAAUAUGUCAAUAUGGUAAAGGGCAAACCACCUGCCUAUGCUUUUGGCUAGGGGCUGAAUCUCUCUACGGUUUUAUCUCUAGUACUGUUACUGAAUAAUUACUGGAGAACGGUGCUGAUAUGUUAUUCCUUAUUGGAAGUGUAUAUAAGUAUGAUUUUCUAAAUCAAUUAAUCAUCAUUUUAACCAUGUAUUAUCGUCGACAGUCUCGUUUUGGUUGUCGUAGGGUUCUAGAUAACAAGGUGCAUUUGUGACCA